CAGAGACCAAAAGACAAGAAGAGGUCCCAGAAACUGGACAAGAAGCCGGCCCCUGCAGACCUGCACCAGUCUACUACACAACCCCACCUGGCUGGUUCAUUCAUCCGUACCCUCCUCCAACCAUGUCAGCUCCGUCUGCUCCUGUUCUAACCACCCACCCCGUCCAUCCUGGAGUCCCACCGAUGCAGCCUCUUUAUCAACAACAGCCACCUCUACCGAUGCAGCCGCUAUAUGCACAGUAUCAGCCGUAUCAAUCCCCAGUGCAGCCAGUGAUCCAGCCUCAACCAGUUCCAGUUCAACCAGUCCAGCCAGUUGAACCAGUGCAGCCAGAGUCCCCAGAACAACAAGUUCCUGUUCAGCCUGAGAUCCAGACUCCAGCUGCUGAAGCUCAGCCAGCUGCAGUUCCAGUCCAGGUAAAAGAACCGGAGACUGUUAAAGAAGAAGUGAAGGCUGUGUCUUCUGAGAAAGCUGCAGAGAAGAAAACCAAGGCUGCUCGUGCAGAGAAAGAUACUGCCGUUUCGAAAGACAAAACCAAAGCAAGCCCUGCAAUAAAAGGGCCAGCUGCAAAAAAAGACAAAAGCAGACAUCCUGUAGUGACCAAGAAAGAGGCAGCCGUAAAACAGCAAACCAAAAGCGCUACAGUGGCUAAGAAAACUAAACAUCAUAAAGAGCCUGCAGCUACUCGACAGAAGAGGAAAUCAGCCUCUGAGAAGACAGCAUCACCUGUCAAGAGCCAUGUCAAAGCAUCGACAGUCAAGAAAGAUCCAGAGCCACGUCCACAGCCGCUCAGACUGAGGACGAGACUAGAAGCUGUCAGGAGGGUGAAUGUGACUUCUCAGGCCAAAGAGGAGAAACCUGCCAGAUCUUCUUCUGAGCCAGGUGAUGGUGCUUUCAAAUAG